GUACACAAGUGUGAAGUUAUGGCCACUACAGUCAGCAGACAGGACUACCUGGAAGACUAUGAGUAUUUCAUGGCCUUAGCCCUCCUGACAGGCCAGAGAAACACAGAUCCUGACAAACAGGUGGGUGCCUGUAUAGUGAAGGACAACAAAGUUAUUGCUGUUGGCUACAGCCAAGUGCUUGACGGCCGUGGUGAUGAUAAUAGGCAUGAAUAUCAUGCAGAGAUUGAUGCCAUCAUGAAAGUUGCAGAUGUUCACGGCUGCACUAUGUUUGUGACUAUGUUUCCCUGCAACGAGUGUGUCAAGGUCAUGAUCCAAUCAGGUAUCAGGCAUGUUGUCUAUCUGUCUGAAAAUGAGACUGCAGAAAACAGAAAUGUCAAAGCUUCAGGGAAAAUGCUCAGGAAAGAAAAUGUUUGCUGCGAGAAGUACAUGGGCGGAAAGGAUCCUAUUACCCUUACAUUUCCAAAUGAAGAGUCAACUGAACAAACCGUCCGGAACAGAACUCCUGAGUCUGAUUAUUUCAUGGCUGUGGCCGUCCUGACAGCACAGAAAAGCAGAGAUCCCAGCACACAGGUGGGGGCCUGCAUUGUGAGGGAUGACAAAGUGAUUGUUGCAGUUGGUCACAACCAGAUGCCCAAUAAUCAUAAUGACAAGUAUACCUGGGUUCGUGAUACUCAGGCUGAUGAUAAUAAGUAUUUGUAUGUGUGCCAUGCAGAGCUUAAUGCCAUUCUCAGCAGCACUGAUGUGAGAGGCUGCACCAUCUAUGUGACCCUUUUUCCCUGCAGUGCCUGUGCCAAACUUGUCAUUGGGGCAGGUGUAAAAAAAGUUUUUUACCUGUCAGACAAAUACAGUAAUACUCCUGAUACAAUAGCCUCCAGGGAAAUGCUUGAAGCAAAAAACAUCAAACUUGUAUCUUUCUACGGAAGAGAUGAUCCUCAGAAAGAAACUAUUGAAAUUAAAAUGGAAUAAGAGAAGGCGCAAAAUCUUGGAUCCAAAUAUCGCCUGUACUGUUCAUACUGAUUCUAUACACAGCUUUGUCUUAUUAAUUAAGAGCAACUUUCAUGUUAAUUGUGAGAUGAACAGACAUCUCUCUUAUCUUAAAUGGGACAUAAAAAAGGGAGCAAAAUAAAAGGUUCUGUGCUUUUAACCAUAUUGUAACUCACGAAAUGUGCUGUGUUAUAGUUCAAUUAUUGAUGCAUGUUUCAGUGGGUGUAAGGAAAUGAUUUUAUUGUG